AUGGAACUUUGCUCUUGUCCUUUUGGAGAUUUCCAGUCGAACGUCCUCGCUGAACAAUUAACAUCGCAGCCGAAAGACACAAAUACUUUCUUUCUGUCACUCAGACUCAGCCGCGCAGCUCGUUUUUAUUCAGCGCCCACAGUUCACGUAUUUAAGACGUCUCCGGUGCCGAACCGAGAAAUCACACUCUUUACUGCGGCACUUGAAUUGAGAGAAAAAACUAUGUUUGAUGCCAAAAUACGCAGUUGAUGGACCGCGUUAUUCAUUCUUAUCAGAUUACAAAUUAUGGCUUUUAACAGCGACUCCAUGACCGUGGUUAGAAGAUGCCUCCUGACGUUCAAGCCCUUCAGGAUAUUCGUAGUUGGGCUUGGCUUUUUCAGCCUUUGCUUCCUAAUGACCUCCCUGGGGGGCCAGUUUUCAGCCAAACGGCUUGGAGACUCUCCUUUCACCAUACGCACUGAAGUACUGGGAGGGCCAGAAUCUCGUGGAGUCCUAAGGAAAAUCAGUGACAUGUUGGAGAUUAUUUUGAAAAGAAUUGACACUCUAGCAAAACUCAGCAAUACCAGCAAAAGCCACAGCCUGGAGGAGAUCAGCUCUACUCUUGAAAGAUUUCAGCCAAUAGGACUUGUGGAACGGAUUCAGGCCAUUGCUCAGAAUGUGUCUGAAAUUGCUGUCCGUGUGGAGCAGAUCCUGCAGAAGAGUAAAAAUGCUGCCACAGGGAAGGAUGGAAUGGCAGGAGAGUGUGAAAUCCCAAAAGAUCCUGGUUACCCAGACUGUGCAAGUAAAGUUGAUUGGAUGAGAGCAAGAUGGACAUCAGACCCCUGCUAUGCCUUCUAUGGAGUUGAUGGCUCUGACUGCUCUUUUCUUCUCUACCUGAGUGAGGUGGAAUGGUUUUGCCCCCAGCUUGCUUGGAGGAAUCAGAGCAUUCAGCCCACCAUCAGCACCACACCAAAGACACAAGCAGUAAUUCGGGCUGAUAUGGGCCCCCUGCUGGAGCAGGUUGGAUCAGGAAAAGAGUCUCUGAGCUUUAUGAGGAGGCGGAUACGAAGGUUGGCUGUGCAGUGGGCCGUAGCUGCUCGCAGACUAGACAAGCGUCUGCACAGUCAACAGCGGCAGCAGAAGAGGGUGCUGGUACAUGUGGGUUUUCUAACAGAGGAGUCUGGUGAUGUUUUUAGUCCAAAGGUGAUGAAAGGAGGGCCGCUGGGUGAGAUGGUGCAGUGGGCUGAUAUACUCAGUGCACUUCAUGUGCUAGGACAUGACCUGAAGAUCUCAAUGUCAGUCAAGGAGCUGCAUGGGUUUCUUGGUAUUCCACCAGGUAGAGGAAGUUGCCCAUUGCGAGGACCUUUGCCCUUUGACCUCAUCUACACUGACUACCAUGGUCUGCAGCAGAUGAAGCAACACAUGGGUCUUUCCCUCAAAAAGCACAAAUGUCAUAUCCGGGUGAUCGACACGUUUGGUACUGAGCCAGCAUAUAACCAUGAGGAAUACGCCACACUGCAUGGCUACAGGACCAACUGGGGCUACUGGAACCUUAACUGCAGACAAUACAUGACCAUGUUUCCACAUACUCCUGACAACUCCUUCAUGGGCUUUGUUGCUGAAGAACUAAACCACACUGAGAGGGUUAACAUUCAGAGAGAGAAAGUCAACAAUAUGGCAGUUAUCUAUGGCAAAGAGGCCAGCAUGUGGAAGCUGGAAGGGAAAGACAAGUUUCUUACCAUACUGCACCGCUACAUGGACAUUCAUGGAACAGUCUAUUAUGAAGCACAGCGGCCUCCAGAAAUCCCUGCCUUUGUCAUAAACCAUGGCUUGUUGCCUCAACAUGAGCUUCAGCAGCUUCUUAGGAAGGCCAAGGUUUUUGUAGGAUUUGGCUUUCCUUAUGAAGGUCCUGCCCCAUUGGAGGCUAUUGCUAAUGGCUGCAUAUUCCUUCAGCCCAAAUUCCAUCCACCUCGUAGCUCUCUCAACAACGAGUUUUUCAGAGGAAAGCCCAUGUCCAGAGAGGUGUCUUCUCAACACCCCUACACUGAGCAGUACAUUGGCAGACCACAUGUCAUCACCAUGGACUACAACAACUCAGAGCAAAUUGAAGCGACCAUUAAGGGAAUCCUUAAAGCUAAGGUACAGCCCUUUUUGCCUUAUGAAUACACCUCUGAAGGAAUGUUGGAAAGGCUGAAUGCAUACAUUCAACAUCAGGACUUUUGUCGCCUUGACAGCCCAUUUCCAUCAGCCAAUGAGACCAAAUUGUGGCCAGGGAACCCGCCAAACCCUUUUGUCAUCAUGCCUAACUCUACAGGUGUGGUGUGGGCCUCAAACAUCAGUGCUCCAGAAUCUUGGCCUCCUCUUAGUGCCCUAAGGCUGCUCCUCAGUCCUAAGGCCUCAUCGUGUGUGAAGACAUGCCAGGAUGCUGGCCUCAUCUGUGAGCCUGCUUUCUUCCCUUUCAUUAACAAUAUGGAGGCUUUCAUUGGGAUUGAUGUCCAGUGUGAGGCUUUGGAAAUGGAGAUUAACCACUUAUUUCCAGCUGUGGCUGUUAAGGGGAGAGAGUGUUUCCUGCAAAAAGAAGUGCUCCUGUUCAGCUGUGCUGGACUCAGUACCAAACAUCAACGCCUUUGUCCUUGUAGAGACUUUUUGCAGGGCCAGGUGGCGCUGUGUAAGGAUUGCUUUUGAGAUCUGUGAUACACUAAGACCAGAUCCAAGGUAAAUGAGGUGAUAGGCUUCCCAUAAACAUUACGGCCUGAUUAACAAAUCCACCCAUGGCUGUAUACAGAAGGAUCCAUCAGGAAAUGGGAGACAUACGAAGCAUAUCAGAGUUAAGACUGGAUGAGGCAAACAAAGACUACUUGAACCAGCUUCAGCAACUGGACUGCUUAAGAGAGUAUACUUUUUUAUGUAUUGUAGAUGGCA